AUGCUGAAUAACUGCAAGUGGAACCGUGAUGGACCUGAACAACUGAAGCUACGAACAUUCGAAUUUUGUGCUGGUCCGGACGAUAGUCGAUUGAAAAUUCCACGGAAUAUAACGAAAACAGAAUUGAAUGAUUCGCAGAGUGGCGUCUACAUAACAAAUCAUACUUUUGAAUGGAAUGUAAUAGAAAAAGAUUUCUGUUCAGUGCGCUAUCCAAAUGUGAAAAUGCUUAUCGUUGUACAUACAGCAAUUUCACAUCUCGCCACUCGUCAAACGUAUCGUGAGAUGUAUGGUGAUCGAUUUUACGAACAGAUGGGCGUUGUGACAUUAUUUUUUCUUGGAAUGCCAUCCGAUGAUAAAGAACAAUUACAAAUACAUAACGAAAGCCAAACUUAUCAUGAUAUCAUUCAACAAGAUUUUCUUGAUACGUACAGAAAUUUAACAUGGAAGGCGAUCUCGUGGCUGCAGUACGUGAAUGAAUUUUGUGAGAAGGUGGAAUUCAUUCUGAAGGUAGAUGACGAUUUGGUGUUCGAUUUGAUAGCGAUUGAGAAAUAUUUAAGAAGGAAGUCACCAUUAUCUGAUGAUGCUAAUGUGAACGCAAACCUGAUACUUUGCCAUGUAUUUUCUGGUGUUCAGCAUUAUCCAGUCAGAGAUGAGGGUGCCAAAUGGUACGUCUCGAGGGAAGAGUACGAACCUGAUUUUUACUAUCCGUACUGCCGUGGAAUACUGUAUUUGAUGUCACGAAGGACUGCUGUGAACUUGUUGAAGGCAUCAAUUGGAGAGAAAUACUUUUGGAUCGAUGACUACUUUAUCACAGGACAUUUGGGUCACAAAAUUGGUGUUGUAUUCGAUAACAUAGCGUUGUUCGAUGCUGGUGAAGAGCCGAUGAUGGAAGGAAGGAGUUGGCUAACUGAAUCGCAGGAUAUGACCGAAGCGAUGAAUUUAUGGAAAAAUUUGGAAGAAGCACAUAGAAACGCGUCGAAUUCAAUCGUCCUCUGGUUAUGA